AUGCAUAGGUCGCGGGGUAACAUGGACAUUCCUCUAUCCUUAGCGCCAUGGGGGUGCCUGGUGGCCUCGAGCUGUUCGCUGUCUGAUUCUGAUGUGUCAGGUGUUGUUUCUCGAAAGGAAAUUGACAAACAAAAACAAAAAGAAAGAUCUGCAUCAAAGACGAAAGUCAGGAAAAGAAAGACAAGUCAAAAGGGUGAUUUUUUUAAAAAUCUUAAAAAGAAAGAAAAGAAAAAUAACAAGAAAGAAAAAAAGUUACAAAAAAAUAAGAAAGAAAAGUUUAAAUGGAAUGAAAUUGAAGCCAAAAUACAAGGGUUAAAGCAGAAAUUGGUGGAGCAGUUAGAUUCUAUGUCCGAUGAUGAAGACUUUUUGACAAUAAGAACUGAGGCCGAAGAGCUUAUGAAUGAUUUUGCCGAGGAUCUCUUUCAGGAAAUUAGUCAACCAACAAAAAGCGGCACUCGUCGGCUGGAAAUACUGAUUCAAAAAAAUACAAAAUCUAUCCCGAAGGAACCGACGGACCGACCCGAGGCGUUGCCCCAAAUCGGGUGGAAUCUCCCGAAACGCCCAAAAAUCAGGGAACGGCUCGCUCUCGGAGAUCCGGCCAGGGAUUCGGAUAUCGAGACGGGCAAACGAAAAUCUUUCGACCCCGAAGGUCAGUUUGCGAAUACGUUUAAGUUUAUUUUUUCUCAAGAAAGGCUUCUUCGCAGGCUAGCUGCGCAUCGAUUUUAUCAUUCAGCUUCACUCCAGAAAGAGACCGGCGGAAGCGAGUCAAGACCAGGAAGGCGGUUGACGGAAGCGCUAGAGCUCACUUCCAAAGUGUGCGUCCGGCGUGAGAGGCCGACCUCGUUGCGCCAGGCUAACGCCUCCGCCUCCAGCCUGCUGCUGAGGGCCGUCGCCGAGCGCGCCAAAAGAGCCUGCUCAGCGUGA